GCCGAGCAGCUGCGGAACGCACCGAACAACCGGAGACCACGGCCAUAAUGCGGCACCGCCCGCAAACCCCGGCGCUGAUGUGACCGUUCACAGCCGGAGAAGGAGAGGCAGCGGCGGACACCGACACCACCACCUCCUCCUCUACCACCUCCACCACCACCUCGCCUCAUCUGCCGCGCCAGGUCGGUCGGUCGGUCGGUCGGUCUGUCUGGAGCCGGACAUGUCCUCUCUAAACCCAGACGAGGACCAGAAAUGGUUACCGACACACGUCCAGGUGACGGUGCUCCGAGGCAGAGGACUCCGGGGCAAGGGCAAGCACGGAACCAGCGACGUGUACACCAUCAUCCAGCUGGGGAAGGAGAAAUACUCGACCUGCGUGGCAGAGAAGACCACCGAACCGGAGUGGAGGGAGGAGUGCUCGUUUGAGAUGCAGCCCGGCGUCCUGGAGAGCCGGGACCGGGGCUCGUACCCGGCCGGGAGCAACGAGCUGGUCCUCACCGUCAUGCACCGGGCGCUCAUCGGGCUGGACGUGUUCCUGGGGCAGGCUGUGAUCCCCCUGGAUAAGCUCUUCCACGACAGCAGAUGCGUAAAAAAUGAGUGGUAUAGACUCAACUCCAAGACGGGGAAGAAGGAGAAAGAGCGAGGCGACAUCCAAAUCAGUGUCCAGUUCACCCGAAACAACCUGACAGCCAGCAUGUACGACCUGGUCAUGAAGGACAAGGGCGUCUCCACCUUCAUCAAGCUGAAGGAGCGUAUGAGGGGGAAGAGGAGAUCCAGCGAGGAGGACUCGUCGUCAGCUGUGCUGCCCGGCGGUUACGGGUCUCUAGUUCGCAUGCGUCAGCGGCUGCCCAGCGACGGCGGGGGCGAAGAGGACUACGAGGAUGACGAAGGCGGUGAGGUGCGACGGAGCAAGAUGAGGACCUUCUUCCUGAGGGGGAAGCUGAGGAAGUCGUCAGACACUCGGUCUAGCACGUCGCUGGGCUCGGAGAGCAGCGAGUCGUCGUCACGGGGUGGGAGCCUCAGUCCCACGGCAGGAAUCAGCGUGGUGGUCUCGGACCUGUCCAACUCACCCAGCAACAGCAGCAACCUGACAGCCGACAACAGCCCAGAGCACACAGCAAACACGUCACCAAAGUUGUCCUCUCCCAGAUGUGAGUUCGGUGAUGAGGCCGGUGAGAUCACCAUAGCAGUGCCUCAGCCCUCAGCGUGCGUUAACGGAAGCCAUGCAACCAAGGACUCAGGUUCAGGAAAACCUGCAGGGUCGUUAGGUCUAGGACUGUUGCAGAAAACUUUGCCACUCUCCACGUCUCUGCAGAAUCUCAGCCCGCGGACCUCCACAGACUUGUCCAAAGGUGUGGGAGAUGGCCGCCGCUGGUCCUUCGACAAGCCCGGCGAGGAGGAGAAGGCUGCCAUAGCAGCAGCUUUGGAGAAAAGUGGCCCCAUGGUGAGUGAUGAAGAGGAGCAUUUAGGAGAGGCCACCCUGCUGAAGCCCACCUCCUCCUCCUCCUCCUCCUCUGCAGCAGAGACCGAGGGGAAGAAACCAAGGAGGAACUUUUUCUCUCAUGGGAGGAGUGAUUCUGGAAAAGGGUCGAAUCAGUCCAAGGAUGAGUCUGAAGAGGCCCCGGGUGCAGAGGACAAACACAGGGGGUGGUUUGGAUCUAAGGACUCGCACAGCAAACUCAGCCUGGUGGUGUCACCUAAACUAGAGUCCAGCACUGACCCCCAUCCACCACCCCUCCACCUCCUGGGUCCCACUGUAGAUCCCUCUCUGCACCACCCUAACCCCUUCUACCCCUCACAGUCCACACCACCUCCCAUAUCCCCCUGCAACCCUUUCUUCUCUCUCCUGCAGCAAAAUCCUUUCUAUGAAGACAUGCUAACUGCUCAGCCCCUAAAACCUUCGCCGCCUCCUUUGCCGUUUCUUUCCAGCUCCCGCCCCCCUAUAGCUCAACUCUUUCCGCAGGCAAGUAACCCUAUCCCUACCUUGACCCACCACAACCCACCUGCAGAGGACUCCGUCACUGGCUUGGAUGUAGAGAGCGAAGUGAUGACCAAAGAUGAGAAUCGACCUCUUUCUCCUGCUUUAUCAGAAAAACAAAACCCUCUAAGCCCGAAGCCGUCAAACCCUUUUGUGUCGGCGAAGGAGCUGGAGAUGGAUUCAGAGUGGGACCAGUCUUUUGACGAGUUUGCAGCUGGCAGGCUCCAAUCUCCAGAGGAUCUCACCACAGAUUGCAAAACACAGCAAAACACACCCAGUGGCGACCCACCAAAACACAGCAUUAAUAAAGGAACAUUUCUACCCACAGCAGAUGCUGAUCAACACAUAAAUAUUAAUGACACACUAAAUCGUCAGCCUUUAAAUAUCCCCUGCGCAGCAGUUGAAACGCACAAAGCUAUCAGUCAGUUGACCGACACUAACAUACAUCACUUCUACACAUUUGCCAAACUUCUCGACACAAUCCCAGAACACAACAGCCUUGAAGACGACCACAAAUCGUCAAAUAUGUCAACAAAACCGGAUGUCACCAUGGAGACUAACAGAACUAAGUGCACUACUAACACAGAUCUUUUAACUGACACUAACAUGCACCAAAUGACUGGUCAAACCUCAUCUCAAAAGAUCAACAGCAGUUCCCCGGACCCCGGUUCUUCAGGUCUGGGUAGUUCAGCAGAGGAGGAUUUCCUUUCAUGUGUCUCUUCUUAUUCAGCAUCCGACAAACUCUCUGCAUCAUCUUCAGAGGAAUCUGAGGUACAGAACUGUGAAAGCAGCUUCCUGGAUGUUGAGAAGUACCCAGAAGAUGAUUUGGUCAAAGAUUUAAAGACCCCAGAAUCUGAAGAUGAUGUUAUGGACAAGUCAGAUGAUUUGUCCUUAACUGUUAUUAAUGAUCAUGGCCGAAAGGGUUUGGAAGAGUUGCCACCAUCACAGUCAGUAGAUCUUCCUGUUGUUGCUGCAAUUCAGGAAGGAGCAGAUACUCAGAUGUCAAACUAUUCCAUUCCCAAUCUAUUGCCAGAUGUAGCUGUUUCUACACCUCCAGAUAAUGAACUUUGCUCCACACACCCAUCCAUAUUCAUCAUAACCUCCUCCCCAGGGGUAACCCAGACCUUCUCAGACUCCAUCUUUGAGAGCACUACCUUAGGAGAGGAUGAUGCUAGUCAGCCAUUCAAAGUUUUUGGUGAUUUCCUCAACACUAGUCAUAUCAGUCCAAGCCAAGACAAUACACUUCUGCAUACUCAAACAUCCGACCAAAGCAGCAACAGCAGUUUUCUCCAAAGCCUGUAUGUUAGCGCAGACUCCCAGGAAUACCAAACCUGCCAGUCCGAGACUUCAUCCAAAUGCAUCUCGGAGCUUUCUGAGACUCUACACUCAGCAAACUCGACCAUUUGUGAGGAGUUGAGCAAUAACCAGGACCUAGAGGAUUCCACCAAAGAAGAAAUAUACCCGCCUGAUGUAUUUGAAGAAUUCUACUGUGUGACAGAUAAGAGAGGAGCAACCUUGGAGUCAAAUGUUGAGUCUGAAAAGGUGAUGUUUUGUGAGGAGUUGAGCAAAAACCAAGGACCAGAGGAAUCCACCAAAGAAAUCAACACGUCUGACGUAUUUGAAGAAUCCUACUGUGUGAUGGAGGAGAGAGGAGCAACCCUGGAGUCAAAUGAAUCAAGUAAUGAAGGAAACCAAAAAACUGGUGAAAGUGAAGAAUCCUGUUUUGGGGUAGAGGAAAGAAGACCAAUUUUGGAUUCAGACGUCCACUCUGCAAACUUGAAGCCAUGUGAGGAGAUGAGUCAAAUCGAGGGUGUAAAGGAAUCCACCACUGAAGGAACCAACCCAGUUGAUGUAUUAGAGGAAUCUCGUUGUGGAACAAAUGAGAAUGAAGCAACUUGUAACUCCGUAAAUUCAACGCUUUAUGUGGAACAGAGUGAAAUCCAGGGCCUAAAGGAAUCAAGUAAUGAAGAAAAUAAAAACACUAGCAUAGUUGAAGAAUCUUGUUGUGAGGUGGAAGAGAGACGACCAAACUUUGACACAAACCUGAUGCCAUGUGAGGAGCUGAGCAAAAUCCCAGGCCUAGAGGAAUCGACUACUGAAGAAAAUAAAAGAACUGUUGUAUCUGAGGGACGAGCAACCUUUGAGUCAGAUUUCACAAUAGGUUUUGACUUCGGUUUAGUCCCUGUAGACUCUUACAUGAGCUGUAAUCCGAAGCAGCUCUGCAAAGAAUCUGUGGAUGGCGUGUUUUCAAAGCGCCUUGAGGCGGAAAAUGCCACGCUACACCGCUCCCUGUCCGAGUCAAAGCUGGCACCAGACCUCAACGAACUACGUCGGGCUUCCUUCGGCAGCGAUCCCGGCGCAAUGAAGGAGUCCUCGUUCUCAUCCUCCCAGAUCCAUCUGACCUCCCUCGCACCCUCUCUAACUCCUGAAAGUAGUAGCUCUCUCUUAGCGCUCUGUCCCCUUCCUCCCUUUGCCAACUUGGUGGCGACAUCGCCAUCGAACACCGCUGAUCCGCAACCAAUGCAGCCGGACACGCAGGAGCAAACAGACGGCCACCAAAACAGCCCCCACCCAGUGAAGCCCCUGACCACUGCCAUACUGGCUGAAGAGAAGCGGACUGAGGGCCGGUCAGUGCUGGCCACCGGACUGGAGAAGCUCAAGUCCACCAUCAAUCCCGGGAGGAGCAGCCAUCUCAGCGACGACACCGACAGGAAGAAGCCUCUGACGGAGGGGGCGGGCUCGUACUACCACCUCACCCACAGUGAACUGGUGGCUCUGCUGGUACAGCGGGAGGCGGAACUGGAGCGUCAGAAGACGGAGUUUGAGCGUCAGCGAGUUGUGCUGGCAAAGCGGGAGGUGGAGCUGCGGAGGCUGAAGCCACAGGUCAAGGAUCUGGAGGACUACAUUGACACACUGCUGGUGCGCAUCAUGGAGCAGAAGCCCACCCUCCUACAAGUCCGCUCCAAGUUCAAGUGACGAAGGAGGCGGGAGAAAAGGGUUUGCAGUUCAGUCCGCAUCUGUUCACUCUAACCUCCACAACAGCUCUUUAGUCUUUUCACUGCUAUGCUGUCCUUUUUGAUACAAAUAUUUAGGCACUGAGAGAUGUUUUCCAGACAGCAUGCUUUACUGUACUGAAACACGUCCUCGUCGAACGGUUCGGGUCAGGCGGUUCUGAAUGUAGCGGGUCCUCAGGUUGUUUUCAGGUUCACUCAGCCAGUUGGUUUUAAGCUCACGGGGAAGUGAGCCACGUGGGUUUCCAGACCCCGAUGCUUCCAUUUUAGGAUCCUGAUUGUAGAAACAUUGAUUUGUCCUUCUCACCUCACCUGCCACCUCUGUCACCCUUUCACACCAGAGAGAAAACGUAGGGUUUCAGUCCACAGUGAUGUAUGGGAAUGCAGGAAAAUACCAAAAUGAUGCCGAUUAAUGAACAGGAGGGCUAACGUCUCUGAAGGCUGCACAUUUUUUAGCCCAUUAACUACAGAUUGUAUGUACAUGACAAAAAAUGCUGGCCACUUCCUCCGUGAACCAGCUUGGAAAAUGAUAUUUUACCUUCAGGGCAGAGUUUGGUUUCAGUGAAUUCAGCACAGCAUGAAAAUCAACCUGCUGAGAUUUGACAAUUUUGCUUUUGGUCGUAGUUGUUUCCUCGAGGCAGUGAUGGAAAUGAAAACUGAACAUUUAUCUUAAAACCUGCACUAAUGUUGCGCUUAUUUCUCAGAAAACACUCCAAUAAUGAUUCUCAUUAUUGAUUAACUUUCUCAAGUAAUGUCGAGUGUUGAUAAAAACAUCAGAAAUGACCGAUAACAUUCCCAUAAGUGUUUCUGUCUUCAGAUACAUUUGACUGAACAGUUGAGGAGAUUUUAUUCUCAAAGGAUAAAUUUUUAAAAAAGAAAUAGAUAAAAAGUAAGUGAAGAGAAAUGACUUAUUGCGGCUAAUCUUCUAAUGUGUUGUGUAUUUUUGCUUGAAAUGACUGACAGAUCAUCAAAUUUGUUGCAGAUUCCUUUUCGUUGAUUGACUAAUCAAUCAGUCAACAGUUGUGAAUGUGUUUGUGCCUUGCAGUAACGACCGACAAUCAGGCUUCGUAUUUUGCAAAAAAGGAAAGAACUUCAAAACUGCCCUUUCUCACAACUGCUCUUCCACAUGCUAGUCUCAGUUACACAGAUAUAACUCUGAUCCCAACAUGGACAUUCACAAUUGUUUACACGGAGGUAUACUUAUUUAGUUUGUCUUUUUUGGGUGUUGUUCAGACCUCAGUUCUACAGAAACAUAGUUCUUGGUUCAGUGUUUUGACCUCCGAGGCAUUAAUUGUUUCCACAGCGCAUCUUUUACAUGUACAGUAGAAAAAAAAAGACUUAAUCAGAUUAUCAGAUUAUGCGUUUGAUGAUCAGGCUGUAAUGCUUUCCUGUUGAAAAGCUUAUCAGAGGUUUGGUUCGGUUACAUAGUGCGUUAUGAUUCUAUUAGUGGAACAUUAGAGUCCAUGUAAACACAACUAAAGCCAGAUGAUCAGUGACGAAAGUUAAGUUUCAUGUCUUUGUAAAUUGAUUUUUUCAUCUAAACUGAAAUUUACGGAAACCAGUGGCUGCACCAAAGAAGACAAAGAUGUAAAAUAUGGAACUGAGGUGAUGGCGAACAUCAGACUUUUCACCUGGAAUUACUGAGUUUGAGGGAAAAUAAGAAGUCAGAAAUAAUUGAAAUUGCUCAUAGUUUGAGGUCAAAGUCCACAUUAUUACUUAAUUACCUUGUGUUUGAUGUUCAGUAAUCCAGAUUUAUUUAUCGAAAUCUAAGCAUCCAGUUUCUAAUGAAGUUAAACAUUUAUUUAUAACAUUAAUUUCUGUCAGUGCCGGAUUCUUUAUUUUACUUCAUCUGUCUCUUUCUGUUUGUAAUGUGUCGACCAAUAGUGAACUUUUAGCAUAGAAGAAAUAGAGCAAAAGAAAUAGUUAAAAAAAAAAAUUUAAUUAAGGAUAUAGACUGUAAAACGCCCUCUUUAGAAAGAUAGAGCUUUUCCAGUUACAUGAAACAUUCACUUCCUGUCUCCUAAAUGGUCAGAAGGAAAUUAAAAUAGAUUAAUUAAGUCUAAAUAAUAUAUUAACAAUACAACUGAAACAUUUUGUCAUAACUGACUUGUUUUUCCUGCUUGUUUCGUGUGUUUCCAGCUUCUACUUCGGUGACUUUUUGCAAAAGAAUGAGGUAAAAUCUGUAAAUCACAUUCGAUUUCUCCAGUUGGAAUGAGUUGUCCCUUCUCUAUGGAAAAAAAUAUGAAUGAUGGUCAGUGCCAAGAAACAAAUAAUAUGAUCACAUUUGAGUUGUGUCAGCAUUUAUGCACAUUUGUCAGUUUAGAAGAUAGUUUUAUAAGUGAAGAAAGUUACAGUUUGUGGUGAAGAUACUACAGAAAGAUCUAGUUUAGUAUGAAACGGCUCAAUGGACUGCAUCUCUACUUGCACACCAUACACAUCGCUAACACUACAAUGACUGUUAAUCAUCAUAUUUCACCUUGUUCUGCAAGAACGACGUGAAAAAUUAUAUCACAGGUGAAAAUCCCUCCAUUCUGGUCACAUUGAAGCUGCAGAGACGACUUCAGACUCUGAACAGAAACGGUUACAACAAUGUCACCUCCAUGACUAACAGGUGUAAAAUCUUUAUAUUUAUGUACUUUCACAGAAUGAUACUUAAAGAGUUUUACACUUUAUUCACUUGGAAAAUUAUCUGUUAAACUGACAAACAUCAUAUGUGUAAAUGAUGGGAAUAAUUCACACAGGAUCAAAAUAUGGCCAUUAACUGUAAUAUAAUUAACAUCUCACUAGAAACAACUGUAAUAGCAUAAACACCUCCUUAUAUGUCUGGAAAUGUGGAGUAGCAUUUGUGUUCACCUGAAAUAUCCGAUAAUCAAAAUUUUACAUAUUGCUUCACAUAAUAAAAUACCACACAUAUAAAAUCUAAGUCAUAUACACUUAAAACAACAUCAAAUGCAGUAAAAUAAUGUGUAAAUGAUGGAAUAAUUCACAUGGGAUCAAAAUAUGACCAUUAACUGUAAUAAAACUAACGUCUAAUCAGAAACAACUGUAACAGCAUAAACAUUUCUGUAUAAGUCUGGAAAUGUAGUGUAGUAUUCACCUGAAAUAUCUGAUAAUAAACAUUAUUUUUACAUCAUUUCCCUUCACAUCAAAACGAGUUACAUAUUGCUUCACAUAAAUGUAAAAACUAAGUCAUAUGCACUUAAAACAACAACAAAUGCAGUAAAAUAAUGUGUAAAUGAUGGAAUAAUUCACAUUGGAUCAAAAUAUGACCAUUAACUGUAAUAAAAUUAACAUUUAAUCAGAAACAACUGUAACAGCCUAAAUACUUGUAUUGUGUUCACCUGAAAUAUCUGAUAAUAAACAUUAUUUUUACAUUAUUUCCCUUCAUGUCAAAACAAGUUACAUAUUGCUUUACAUAAUAAAAUACCACGCAUGUAAACACUAAGUCAUAUACACUUAAAACAACAUCAGAUGCAGUAAAAUGAUGUAGAAUUGAUGGAAUAAUUCACAUGGGAUCAAAAUAUGACCAUUAACUGUAAUAAAAUUAACAUCUAAUCAGAACCAAAUGUAACAGCAAAAACACCUCUGUAUAAGUCCAGAAAUUUAAAGCAGUGUUCACCGAAAUAUCCGAUAAUAAAUGUUAUUUUUACAUAAUUUCCCUUCACCUCAAAACAAAAGUUACAUAUUGCUUCACAUAACUGUAAAAACUAAGUCAUAUACACUUAAAACAACAUCAAAUACAGUAAAAAUAAUGUGUAAAUGAUGGAAUAAUUCACAUGGAAUCAAAAUAUGAUCAUUACCUGUAAUAAAAUUAACAUCUAAUCUGAAACGACUGUAAUAGCAUAAACACCUCUGUAUAAGUCUGGAAAAUUAGAGCAGUGUUCACCGAAAUAUCUGAUUAUAACCAUUAUUUUUACAUUAUUUCCCUUCACAUCAAAACAAAAGUUACAUAUUGCUUCACAUAAUUGUAAAAAUUAAGUCAUGUACACUUAAAACAACAUCAAAUGCAGUAAAAAUAAUGUGUAAAUGAUGGUAUAAUUCACAUGGGGUGAAAAUAUGACCAUUACCUGUAAUAAAAUUAACAUCUCAUCAGAAACAACUGUAACAGCAUAAACACUUUUGUGUAAGUCCGGAAAUUUAAAGCAGUGUUCACCUGAGGUAUCUGAUAAUCCGCAUUAUUUUUUACAUUAUUUCCCUUAAUGUCAAAACAAGUUACAUGUUGCUUCACAUAAUAAAAUACCACACAUGUAAAAACUAAGUCAUAUACACUUUAAACAACAUCAAAUGCAGUAAAAGAAUGUGGAAAUGAUGGAAUAAUUCACAUGGGAUCAAAAUAUGACCAUUAACUGUAAUAAAAGUAACAUCUAAUCAAAUAAACACUUCUGUGUAAGUCUGGAAAUUUGGAGCAGUGUUCACCUAAAAUAUCUGAUAAUAAACAUUUCUUUUAUUUUCCCUCAAAGUCAGUAUUCCUAGUUAAGAAUUCCUAUGUUAAACAAUUUGCACCAACUUCUACUGAUAUAAUAUUCUAAAAAAAGUCCAAUCGGUGCAGAUUAAUCACUGUAAUAAGUGUAAUUUUCCAGCAUUGAAGUGUAUAUUGUUGUGGACUGACGCUCUACAGAUGUUCCCUGAUAAAUACCAAGUGCUCUGACUAGUUUUGGAAACUACAAACCAAAUGAGCGGUGUGACAGUUCAGCCUUGUCGUGUGCACAUUAACACCAACUGAUUGUAGCUUCCGAAUGUCCGACAGUGUUCUCUGCCAGCAAAGUGCAAGCGAGCGGUUUUCCUUUCCAGCGUCGGUUUAUCUUUUUUGCUUGUUCCUUCCCCUUUAUUUCCUUGUUUUUCCCUUUUUUUUAAAAAAAAAAAUACGGGCAUGUCUUGAAACUUUACCCACAGUGCUCAGCGGCGGCGUCCGCUACCUGAGUCUAGUAUGGGUCGCGGCGUUAUCAGGUGAAGACAGUAUCCCGUCGGUAUCGGUAUCGGGAUCAGCCAUCGCAGCUGCUCUUCCCGCUUUAUCAACACGACUCCAGCGUAGAGAAAGAGAAUUAAAAAAAAUGCCUGCGACGUGCUGGUACUUGACCUCUUUUUCCUCAGUGUCUGUGUGUUACAUCUGCUUCUGCACAAGCACGCAUAACGCUACCGCUUUCAGGUGUUACAAAGGGAUAUAUACCGCAUUUACAGCAUAUAUGCCGUAUUGAAAUGCCAAACGCUGCCUUAUUUCUGUUCCGUUCUGCACUUCAUUGUACUCGUCAGGGGGGAAAAGAAAAGCCAUCUGUUCACUGUUUUUUUUGUUUUAUACGUUUUAGAUCACUGCACAAAAAUAACCUGUAUGCAUACCAGUAGUAGGUGAUUACUGUGAAAAGCCAAAAAAAACACACACAUACACAAAAAAAAAAAGAAAAAAAAAAAAAAAAAAAAAGCCAAGCCUUGAACUUUAACCUUCGGAGCAGAUCAAUACACCAUAAAGUAUUCUGAUAUGAAGCCACUUUUAACAGCAUUCGUGGAUGUUCUUGCACUAAUUACUCGUCCGAACAUGACUCUACCGUCUCCGUCCGUCGAUAUCGGUAGAGUUAGAUUUAACGUCACGCAGUACCUGCCGCACUUUUCCGAUCGCUCCGGGGAUUUGAGCGCUCGCCGUCCUUGGCCUCCACGACGACGAAAGACUCACCGAUGAACUAACGACGCGUCUACAAAAACCCGCCUCGUCAUCUCAGUUCUGCUGUUCUACCGCAACGCAUCUUAAAAAGCGCGACUCGGCACUUAACGAAGCGUAAAUGUCCUCUCCAUGUCUUCCAUUUAAUGACCUUUUGAGUUGAGAUUGUGUUUCGUCGUCCUCGGUUGUGUAGCUGGUUGAAUGUGCUCAAGGUAGUGUGUAAGAUUGGAAAGUUUACAAUUCGUGAUGCAAUUCUGUUUCACAAAUUUUGUAUAUUUAAUAAAGAAUAUUUUGUGUUUCUUGCUCA